AUGGACUUGUUCAUAAUUAUCUUUUUGAUAAUUUCUAUUGCAUUUUGUAACUCAUGGGUUGGAUUUGGUGAAAAAACCUUUAAUGUACUUGAAUAUGGGGCCAAAGGAGAUGGCACUUCUGAUGAUACACAUGCUUUUGUGAAAGCAUGGAAAGAUUUAUGUGGAGCAAAUGAAGGGACUCCAACCCUUGAGAUACCAGCUGCACAUACAUUUCUUGUGCAUCAAAAUGUUUUCAAAGGUCCUUGCCAAUCUCAAAAUCUUCAUAUUAAGCUUGAUGGAACUAUACUAGCACCUCAUAGAAAAGAUUGGGGUCCGUGCUCAAAAAAAUGGCUUCAUUUUCUUGAUGUGCAUGGGAUAACAUUUGAUGGAUCAGGAGUGAUCAAUGGUAACGGAGAAGAUUGGUGGAAAGAUUAUAAUUCAACUACACAAUGUGUAGGAUCACCUACGGCUUUAAUAUUUGAAAGAUGUGAUGAACUUCAAUUAAGUGGAAUCACUCAUUUAAACGGGCCAGGAUUUCAUUUAUAUGUAGUCCAUAGCAAAGAUGUUACAAUCUCGCAUAUUAAUAUAAAUACGCCAGCCAAUAGUCACAACACUGAUGGAAUUGAUCUCACAAAUGCAAUUCGUGUCAAUAUUUACGACUCCACAAUACAAGGCGGUGAUGAUUGCAUUGCUAUUAAAGGUGGUUCACAAUUUAUCAAUGUCACUCAACUUACAUGUGGACCUACUACUCAUGGUAUUAGUGUGGGAAGCUUAGGUGGUGGUGGAUCUGAGGAAUUUGCAGAAAAUAUAAACGUCAAAAAUAGUACUUUUAAUGGAGCUAUUAGUGCAGUAAAAAUCAAGACAUGGCCAGGUGGAAAAGGAUACGUCAAAUCUAUCAUUUUUGAUCAUAUCAUAGUUAAUGAAGUAUACAACCCUAUAUAUCUCGAUCAACAUUACAUGAGAACUCCAGAAAAGGAACAGGCACUUAAAGUGAGUAAUGUAACAAUUAGUAAUAUUUCUGGAACAUUUACUGGCGAAGAACCAAUUGUGCUAGAUUGUGCCAAGAUAGGGUGUGACAAUAUUACCUUGCGACAAAUCAUCCUUAUUGCAGUUGAUCCAAGUAAACCAAGUAAAACAAUAUGCAACAAUGUUAAUGGGAUAAUAGUUGAUAAUGUUUCACCUUCUCUACAAUGUGUACAAACGUAA